GAACACGAGGAGCGCGAAGGUUUUUGAGAAAUGCAAACGGAUGAGUGGAAUAGAAAGUGAAACCAAAUAAGGACGAAAGGCGUGUCUACUUGUGCCGGUCUACUGGGUGCGGAAGAUGCCGAGUAAGUCACGCUCAUGUUCAGUCCCUCAACUUAAGGAGGCCGGCAAUGAGCUCUUCAGAAGUGGCCAAUACGGGGAAGCGGCCGCACGUUAUACACAGGCCAUCGCGCAGCUCUCCGCCGGUAAGAGCAACCCAGAGGAGCUUGGCAUCUUGUAUUCAAAUCGUGCAGCAUGCUACCUGAAAGAUGGCAACUGUAGCGAGUGUAUCAAAGAUUGCACAGCGUCUUUGGAAUUGAUACCCUUCGGGAUUAAACCACUGUUGAGGAGGGCUGCAGCCUAUGAAGCUUUAGAGAGGUACCAUCUGGCAUAUGUUGACUACAAAACUGCCUUGCAGGUGGACAGCAGUGUACAAGCAGCUCAUGAUGGCAUAAACAGAAUGACAAAAGCCUUAACUGAAAAAGAUGGGCUGAAUUGGCGUAAUAAACUCCCUGUGAUUCCUACUGUACCUCUCUCAGUCAGAGAGAAACUGAAUGAAGGCAAAGUUAAAGGGGACAAAAUCACACUCACACAACAAAACCAUUCUCCACCAUGUGAUGGAAAAGCAUCCAGCACUGAUGUAAUAAAACGGGCCUUAUCUUUGAAAGAAGAAGGAAAUGCACUUGUGAAGAAAGGUGACCAUAAAUCUGCUGUGGAAAAAUAUACAGAAAGUCUGAAAGUGAACCCAAAAGAAGCCACAACGUUAACCAACAGGGCUCUUUGUUACCUUUCAUUGAAAAUGUAUGCAGAGGCUAAAAGGGACUGCAGUGAGGCUCUGAGACUGGACUACAAUAAUAUUAAAGCUCUGUACAGACGUGCUCAGGCUCAAAAGGAAUUAAAGGAUUAUACAGCUUGUGUUGCUGAUCUGAAAGCAAUACUGAAGAUCGACCCAAAGAAUACAGCCGUCCAGAAGUUACUGCAGGAAGUACAAAAAAUUAAAAAGUGACAUGCGAAUUACAGCAUAAAUGCUUUGCAAAGCAACUGACUCUUGUGAGAUAUUACCAUAAUAGGCUAAAAACCAGCUUUACUUAGCCAUGGAACACAAAGUGGAUCAUUUUGCUUUUCUCAGUAUUUUCUUUAGCUUUUUUUGCAGUUUGUGGAAUUUUUUUUUUUUUGCUGUCCCCUUUUUCCUUUAAACUGUUAGCAUGUCAGAUUUCGAAAGACCGGAAUAAACAAAAUUCAGGUAGGCUUAACAUUGUGUACCCGUUACCAGAAUAAAAGAUCUUCAGAAAUGUA